AUGACAACGAUGACAUCGCUGGUGAAGAUGUGGAAGAGCUGCUCGCUCUUUCUCUUUUGCUUCUUCACUGUCCAAGGUGAGGCGAAAACUAAAAAGAGCGAAAAUAAGAAGAGAGAGCACUGUGCUCGCAUGGCGCAGUGGUGUAAAAUUAUUGCGGUCGAUGAAUGUUCUUCACAAGCUCAACAGGACAGAGAGCCCUAAAGAGGGAGAAUGUUGUAAAACUAUGUCUUCAACCCCUGAGGCAGCAAUCUUUUGCUUUUUGCAAUUUUGAGUGAAAAUGUUAAGACAUCGUGGAAAAAAGCAAGAGAAAUUAGGAAAUGAAGAACGAAGGUUCGAUCCCGCUUGGUUCGAGACAAACAUUUUUAGCGAAAAUAAGUGACAAACGGCCCAAAAUAAAAUUUAAAAUUCUGGAGAAUACUGAAACAUUUCCAGAAGGUGUAUUAUGUCGUAUUUUGACAUAACUUGCUUGAUCUCAUUAAAAUUUUCAUUUUUAGCCGCUGGCAUAGCCAAAAGGAUGUGUUACCAAUGUCACAUGCCGUUCCAAUGUUCCACUGGGUUUUGUUAUGGUGACUUUUGUGUGAAGUCGUUAGGUAAUUCUUCUUACAAUAGUAGCACAGUAUUGUUUAUUACUGAUUAACACGAAGUUGUAAUCAUUUCUUUCAGUUGGAGACAAAUACGUGAGCAAAGGCUGCGAAAACAAGACUGUAAAGUAAGUUUCUUCGCUUUCUGUUACCGUAAUUUAGAGCGACGAUUUCAGGAGAAGAUGCUGCCGGAUCUGAAGUUGGCUGUCUGGAGUCAGAAGUGUUCGGAGUGCCAAAUACAGUAUGUUACUGUAACGACAUCGACUUCUGUAACUCGGCUUCUGAAGUCAGCGUUUCUUUGCUUCUGGUUACUGUAUUUAUUUUCUGUUUGUAA